AUGUCUGAUCACGAGGAUAGUUCACAGAUAUCUGCAGAAAUAGAAUAUGCCUCAUUAAAACAAAAGAAGUCGAGAACCAAAGCAGGUUAUACCCGAAUAAGAAAUAGACUUUUGGAUCUGUGUAAAUCGGACUCUGACACUAGUGGUGAGGAGCUAAAAGAAUGUUUAGACCGAUUGGAAGCAGAAAUGGACAAAUACCAAAGUAGCCUAGACAAUAUGAUUGAACAUUUAAAAAUUACAAAGAACACAAAAGAGUUGAAAAAAGUUACAGAAGAGGUGGAAGAGUGCGAUAGUAGUUAUGAAAAAGGGGCAAAAGAGUACCACAGGAAACAGAAAGAGAUAAGUACAGGUCAAGAAAGUCAUGGCGCUGAAGAAGAAAGUAAAAUUGGUAAGGAUCUUUGGAAACAAUUGAAAAAGGUUUCUAUACCAAUUUUUCACGGAAACAAAAUUAAGUUCCCCGCAUGGAAAGCUGCAUAUUACUCAUGUGUAGACAGCGCAGAGCAUUGUAGUGCCGAAUAUAAACUUUUGCAGCUCAGGCAAUAUCUAGGAGGGGAGGCAUUGGCUUCUAUAGAAAAUCUUGGUCAUUCUGCGGCGGCUUAUGAUGCUGCGAAGGAACGAUUAGAAAGGAAAUAUGGAGGUACAAAACGCAUUGUAAAUAGAUUUCUGGAUGAACUGGAGAAAUUUCCACCUCUUAAAAAUGAAAAUGUGAAAGGAUUAGAAAAUUUUGCUGAUUUAUUGGACAUUGCCGUCAUAAAUUUGAAGGAAGUAGACCAUGUGGAAGAUUUGAAUGAUGGGUCACUGUACUAUAGACUUAUGAAAAAGUUGCCGCAGUCUAUUCGCUACAAUAGGAAUGUUCAUGAACAAGAAUUAGUAGAAGGAGUAGAAACGUUAAGAACAUUUGUGAACCAAGAGGCAGAAUAUGCUGUUAACGCUGAAGAAACCAUCUAUGGGUUAACAAAUCACCAUUUUAACAGACAAACUGAAAAGCCAGCUAGAUCCUAUUUUGGAAACACAGAUCAGAAGAAAGAUGUUAUUGCUGAACUUGGAAUUAGUGGUGAAAAACAAACAGUUGAAGUCAAUGUAAUAAAUGGUAAAACUGAAAGAUUUGACACAAUGGAAGCUAACUUUACUUUGCUUGAUACAAGCAAAAACUUUGAGAUUGAAAUGACUGUUCAAACAACAAAAAAUGUAACAGGAAGGCUGCAAGCUAGCGACUGGAAUAGAAAUGCAAAGAAAUGGUCACAUCUUCAGGGAAUCAACUUUCCGAGAAUUGGCAAACGGUCAAAGGUUGAUCUGCUUAUUGGACUUGACUAUGUUGAAUUACACAGAUCACUAGGUGAGAUACAGAGUGAAAAUGGGUCUCCAGUGGCGCGAUUAACUCCUCUUGGCUGGACAUGUGUAGGGCCAACAAAUGAGCAUCAGACAAAUUUCUUUACCUUUCACAUCAACAAUGAUGAAAUGGAUAACACGUUACAGAAAUUCUGGGAAAUUGAAAAUGAAGGAGUGCAAGAGAAAUCAGUCAUGUCAAUGAAAGAUAGAGAUAUUUAUGAGAGCACAGAGAAAACAAUGAAAUUUGAAGACAAUCACUAUGUUGUAGAAAUACCAUGGAAAGAGAACAGAAAUGAAUUGUUAAACAAUUAUGAAAUGGCAAAAAGACGCCUUGAAAGCACAGAAAAGAAACUAAGAAAAGAACCAGUAGUUGAAAAGAUGUAUAAUGAGACAAUUCAAGGUUACCUUACAAAAGGCUAUAUAGAAAAGGUGGAAACGGAUGAAAAGGAAGAAAGUUUAAAAGAAAAUAACUGGCUGUUACCUCACUUUCCAGUUGUGAAAAUGAACAAAGAUACAACAAAGGUAAGAAUAGUCUUCGACGCGUCUGCUAGUUGUAAAGGAGCAAGUUUGAAUGACGUGAUAGAGCAGGGGCCCAGCUUACAAAACAAUUUGUUCGAUGUUCUGUUGCGAUUUAGAAGAGACAAGAUCGCAGUAGCAUGUGAUAUCCAAGAAAUGUAUCUUCGAGUCGGAAUCAUACCUCCAGAUAGAAGAUUUCAUCGCUUUUUAUGGCGACCAUCUCCAGAACUAGAACCAGAUGUCUAUCAGUUUAACAGACUUGUUUUUGGGGUGAACGCAUCUCCAUUCCUGGCUCAGUUUGUGUCUCAAUAUAAUGCUAGACUGUAUGAAAAUGAGUACCCUUUGGCAGCAGAAACAGUGUUGAAAUCGACAUAUAUGGACGACAGCAUGGACUCGGUUGAUAAUGAUAAAGUUGCAAUUAGAUUGUAUAAAGAACUUACAGCCCUUUGGGAAAAGGCAGGAAUGGAUGCUCGAAAAUGGAUAUCAAACUCCAAAACGGUACUAGAACAGAUUCCAGUAGAACAUAGAGCAAAGACGGUAGAUUUACAAAAGAAUGAACUUCCCAAGGUGAAAACACUAGGGGUAACAUGGGUACCUGAAGAAGAUAUAUUUUCAUUCGAAUUCACAGCAGUUGAUGAAAACAAGCGCAUGACAAAGCGUGAAUAUCUCAAGAAAAUAUCGACAUUAUUUGAUCCGCUGGGAUUGUUAACUCCAUACAACAUUAGAGCUAAAAUGUUAAUGCAGGACAUUUGGAUCUCAGGUGUUGAUUGGGACGAAAAAGUACAUUAA